GUAAGCCGUAAAGGCUGUUUAUUUUUGGGUUUUCAUUCGUCCUACAAGGUUUUUUCUCGAGUAAUGUGCUUCCUGGCUGUGUCGGACUGUACAUCGUGUUUGAAAAUCAGUUGACGAAGCAGCAAUGACCACGGAAACGAAAAUGAGCAGUUCUGAGGAGGUAUCCUGGAUUUCGUGGUUUUGCAAUCUCAGGGGAAAUGAAUUUUUUUGUGAAGUUGAUGAAGAUUAUAUUCAGGAUAAGUUUAAUUUAACCGGACUAAAUGAACAAGUACCACAUUAUAGGCAAGCAUUAGAUAUGAUUCUUGAUCUUGAACCUGCUUGUUUUUAUUCUGUAGAUGAUGAAUUGGAUGGCCAUCCAAACCAAUCUGAAUUAAUUGAACAAGCAGCAGAAUUACUUUAUGGAUUAAUUCAUGCACGUUACAUUCUUACUAAUCGUGGCAUUGCUCAAAUGAUUGAGAAAUAUCAAUCCGGAGAUUUUGGUUAUUGUCCACGUGUAUAUUGUGAAUCCCAACCUAUGUUGCCUUUGGGUCUUAGUGAUGUUCCUGGAGAAGCAAUGGUUAAAAGUUAUUGUCCCAAAUGUAUGGAUGUUUAUACACCAAAAAGCUCUAGACAUCAUCACACAGAUGGAGCAUAUUUUGGAACAGGAUUUCCCCAUAUGCUUUUUAUGGUUCAUCCAGAAUAUAGACCCAAACGUCCAACAAAUCAGUUUGUACCUAGGUUAUAUGGCUUUAAAAUUCAUCCUCUAGCAUAUCAGUUUCAACAACAAUCUGCAUCAACAUUUAAAGCACCAUUGCGAGCUGUUAAUUAUAAUAAUGGAAAACGUUAAGAAUAUUGCAACAUAGUCUAGAACAUUUUUUCAUUACUUAAAAUACAAUUCCUAAUUUCGUCCCUAAGGAUUAAAUAAAAUAUUAUUUUUUAUAUUGAUCUUUACACAUUUUAGCAAGGCGCUGAAAUACCAAUCGUUUUGUUUGAUCAUUUUAUAACUAAAAGUUUGAAUAUGGCAUUCGAUACUUUUCGGAUUUUUCCACGGUAUUUAUAUGCCGAAAAGAUUAAAGAGUGGUAUAUCAAACUGCCAAUGUUUACCAAGCGCCAUGUUCAUUUUUAUUUCAGCUUUAGUAACAAUUUUCUUUUUGUUAAAAAUCAUAUUUGUAUGGUUAUAUCAAUUCUGGUCGAGUGAAAUAACAAAAAUGAAAUGCAUACAAAACAUAAUUACUAGGGACUAAAGAUGCAAAAUAAUGAUGAAGUAUAUCUGUUUAAAUGUUUUGCAUCUUCGUGAUUGCUUCCUAGUAAUUCCUAGAAUACAAAUGAAGAUCGAUCUCGAAAUAGAGAAGCAAGUAGCAACGAAUAUCGGUCGUUUUUUUAAUAAAAAAAAAAACGAUACAUAAA